AUGAUACCAAAGACAUCAACCGUUCCACAUCAGGCGGCAGUCAUUACGCCGCCCGUAACAGAAAAUAUUGAGAAUUCAUUUCUUGGCAUCUUUCAUGAUCCAAACAUCCAAGGAAAUGGAAAUACAUUUACUGGCAAUGAAACCUUUAUUCACUCGAACGCCUCCUCUGCUGCAACAUCACCAUUUUCGAUGGGCAGCAACAACCCUAUUCUUUCUAGUAUGGCUUGCAUGACGAAAAAUAAUGUGCAUCCCGAAUAUUUUCAAAAGGAAACAAUUUUUAGACAGGGCGUACCACAGCAUGGAAACAAGCUAUUUUGUUCGAUUAAGCCAAGCCAAAACAACGACAAUUCGUCUAAAGAUAUCUCUCGAAGGGAUAAUCCGGAAUUUCAAAUACCCUCAGAUGAUUGCGAUGAUUCUGAUGCGGAGCCUUAUUUGCGAUCUGAAAAACGAAACGGGCGAAGAAAAAUUAAAAUAGAAUUUAUAGAGGAUAGAAGCAAAAGAAACAUCACUUUCUCAAAACGUAGAACGGGAAUCAUGAAAAAGGCCUAUGAGUUGAGUACAUUGACCGGAACGCAAGUUUUGUUGCUCGUGGCAUCUGAAUCUGGUCAUAUUUAUACAUUCGCAACGCCAAAAUUCCAGCCGAUGGUUACCAAAUCAGAGGGCAAAAAUAUGAUCCAAGAGUGUUUGAACGUGGCGGAGUCGGAAGAGGUCCCCACUUCAGAAGAAAAAAUUAAUGCCGAUGCAGCAAGCCAGCAAGAGAUUGUCAAAACUACGCCGAACUCUUUAUACCAUCAAGAUCACUCUCCUUAUGGGUCAAAUUUGGAAAAUAUUCCUCCUAACCAACAUUUACCUAUACCCGUGUAUCCUGGUAUAUUUUCGGUGCCGCCAUUUCUCGGGAUUCAUAAUAUAAUGACACCGCAUCCUGUCAAUUGGAAGCAAGUGGUUUCCCCUAAACCAUUACCAUAUCAAGCAUUUCAAAACACGCCAUUUGCUAACUACCAGCUAGCAGAAGAUACUGGGAUUCGAGGGAAAACAGAGGUUUAA